GGGGGUGUUCCUCUUUCAGCUGCUUGUACAGGGAGGCGAUGUAGAGAAUGAAGAGGACUGGGGAUAGAGGAGAGCCCUGGGGGGGUCGUUUUAUUGGGGCCUGAACGUUAGACGGAAUAGGAUCCCAUACGAUGAUCCAUCGAAAAUCCCUAACCUGUUUGAGUUCUGCCAGAAUCAGGUCAAGGACUGGGCGCCAGGGUAGUAAGCCGGCCUUUGACGACAAGCAGAAUUAAACGACGGAAUCUAACCGUAUGGAGCCACGCCAUGAUCAGCGCCGGAUUGAUGACCGGUCAGACGGACAACAUCGUUGCUGUUCUACUCCGCGCAAGCAAAAGGCCCUCCAAGCAGUGGCGGGAAAAUCUUCGAAGGAACAAAGCGGCCGACAUCACCGAAGGCCACCCCAGGGUUUGGCUUAUGGGAGACGCCAUACAUGCGAUGCAGCCUAACCGGGGCAUGGGCGGCAACCAGGCAAUGCAAGACUGUGCCGACAUCUUGCCGGAACUCCUAAGGUUGAGCCAGAUCGCGAAAUCCGGUCGUACCCUAUCGACACAAGACGUCAGCUUGGCUGUCAAAUGAUCUUGAUGAUCCUUUGGGCACUGUUUUGAAGGUUUUUGGCCGUGGGGUGUGGCUGUUUACAGCUUCAUUCGCCCAACUGUUUGGUUCAGCCAAGGCCAAGCAAGAGUGACAUACUUGGCGAGAAUGAGCGAGAGACAUGCAUCAUCACUUGUGGUAGUGUGUGGCUUGACAGGCGGUCAUACACUGGCC